CAUAUCAGCUAGUAUACUACGAGGCUGCAGGCGGGUAGCUGAUAAACGUUUGUCAAGGUGGGCCGUUAUCGUAUGUGUAAAGAGAGGAAACAAGUCGUAAGAGGAAGAAGGCAGAUCUGCAGCUCCGACAAGCACAUACCGAGCUCCGUCGGUGCUUUACAUGAUCACAGCCCGCGCUUCCACUGACCGCACUGGUUGGUAUGACGGAGGUUAGACGACUGUGCCCUGAUUCAUGCGAAUCCUCCCUGCCUCAGCAUCCUAAAUAUGGCUCUCAGAUGCAGAGUGGCUCAACUGAACGGCAGCGUUAUGUGGACUUGGACACGUGCUGGGGUGUACCGGUAGCCACUGCCUGCAUCACCUUCCUCUUGUGCAUAACCUCAUCCAGCUAUGGGUACCUAUACGUCCUGUUCAUGGAAAAGCAUCAUGUUGGGCGCGAGCAAGCUGCCUGGCCGCAGAGCGCACUCGUCAUCUCUGGCGGAUGCGUGGGCCUUCUUGUCAGCGCCGUGCAAAAGAAGUUCUCCAUCUACCACAUCACCCUUGUCGGUGGAAUCAUGGCUUCUGCAGGCGUCGUGGCAUCUAGCUUCGCACCAAAUAUUGUUUGGCUUUCUCUGACCUUUGGAGUGAUACAAGGAGCCGGCACCGGCACCACACUGCUAGGCAUCGCCAUGUACUUGCUUCUCUAUUUUGACAAGUACAAGGCCACUGUCACCGCCAUCAAAGAUGUGGGCAUGGUCGCAGCCGGUGUAGCAGCCGUUCCCUGGACAUCGCUUUUGGUGAAGGAAUACGGUCUGCAAGGCAGCCUUCUUCUCACGGGUGGUUUCAUGAUACACAUAGUGCCACUAGUCAUGCUAAUUAGGACACCUCGCCCUUUACAAAUCUGCCAAGGCAAGAAGGAUAAUACCAUGAGCGCACAGCAAGCUAAUGCAGAUAGCGCUCCCACGAUGAAAAUAACGACGAAAUCGGUUAGACAAAAGGAACAGUUUGUGCCUUCUCCAAAUAAGAAACUGCUGGCAUCCUCAAGCUCUCCUCCCAGUGUGUUCACAGUGUUUAAGUGGUUCCCUUUUUCUGUAUUGGUGCUGCUGCAAGUCAUCGCGGACUACACCUUUGCAACGUUCAUGACCACCAUAGUCGAUUACGCUGCAGACAAGGGAGCAGAGCUCGAGCGCGCCAAGACAAUUAUUAUGUUCACUGCUCUGGGACAGGCUCUGGGGCGGGUGGUUGUGCCCUUGGCGUCGGACAAAAUUUCUUUCAGCCGCUCUCCCAUUGCGGUUGCAUGCCUUCUUGUGACAGCUGUGUGUUUUGCCGUCAUUACGUCUGUCUCAGCUUUUGAGGAAAUGGUAGCACUUGCUUGCCUGGCAGGCGUGGCCCAAGGCUAUAUCCACUGUAUAAGGUCGGUGCUGGUCGCCGACCACGUCGGCAUGGAUCGAUUCAGCUUAUGUUAUGGAAUCGGAGGACUCGUCGGCGCACCCCUGUCCCUCUCUGGCCCAGCAAUCCUUGGUUUCUUCCGGGACAACCGCGGCUCCUACGACAGGCUCUAUUUCAUGAUUGCUGGACUAAAUCUCGGGGUAGGCAUGCUGCUUACAGUGCUGGUGUUUCAAGCCUUUCGUCAGCGGCGAUGUUGUCCCCCAAAGUUUGAGUCUCCUGUGCCAUCGCUGGAAAGAACAGAGACAGAAGAGACCAGUGCAUUUGAAUAACAAUCUCACAUCGUGUAUGUAUCAUUAUAGGCAAUGAGCAGAG